CAAUCACGUUGCAUCAUCGGCUGUCUAGUGCCAAACCCCCUGCGCUCAAAAGCCAUCAGACACGCCGUCUGGGCGCCUCACUCCGUGCUACACAUUUACAGACACAAUAAGUCACCAAGCAAACAUCAGACAUUAGUUUGCACCACGGAAAUACUGCAUUGCCUAUUUAGUAGCCUGCACUCAUAUUUUUUUUUCAUUCAACGUUUUACUCCGAGGUGCAGAGAGGCGCGCCGGUUGUGCGCAAACUCCAGCGAUUGAAUGGUUGAAUCUGUUUCACAUGCGGGCACGCUGCACGGAUGAUACAGGCUGGGUGAAUAUUUAUCCGGCCGGUGGACAGUCGAGCAGUCGGACAACCGGCUACCCAGUCUGCUGCGGGGUUGGGGAGAGAUGUCCCCGUUAUUCAUGGACACGAUGUACCAGCCCAACAGCCCCGGAUCACCGUCAGCUGAGGAGAGCCACAGCAACACGGCUGGAUCGGAGAGGGAAGGAGAGGGACAACAGGUGAAAAAGAGGGGGACAAAAAGACGAGACAAGAACAGAGAUGCUGCGAGGAAGAGCCGCAGAAAACAAACAGAGAGAGCGGACGAACUUCAUGAUGAGCUCCAGAGCCUGGAGCGAUCAAACUCAGCCCUUCAAAAGGAGAUUGCCUCGUUGAAAAAAGACCUCCACCUCUACACUACGGCUCUGGAGCGCCACAAGCCUUUCUGCAGCCUCAGAGCCUCCGAAUCCAGCUCCAUCUUAACAACAGUCCUCCCAGUGUCCCCCUCAGCUGACUGUCAGACCUGCUCCAGUCCUCCUAAAGUCCCUCCCCGGGCCUCAAGCUCCACUUUGGUUGCUGGCCCUUCACUCUCUACCUCGUUUACCUCCAGCUUGGAGCUUCAAACCCCUGACUGUGUUGAAAGCCCUCGUCUCUCACCUUCAGCUCCUGCUCCAACAACUACAACAUUAGCCUCAUCCACCAGCUCGCCAGCUGAACUCUUCACUUCCUCCAGUUCUGUAACUGUUCCCUAUUCUGCCUCUUUCUCCACAGUCCCGGCCCCUCACUCUUUGUUUAGCGAAGAUGCUCCUUCUCUAAUAACAUCAAGGCUGACAAAUCCUAUGCAUUUCUGCACCAGCCUUGUUUCAAGCCCUGUACCCUCCAGCUCGCUCACCACAGCUGCUCAGCCUCAGUCUGGGCGGGGCACCGUCCACAACAGUCCUUCAGUGACAGCAAAUGCGGGUUUUUCUACACUUCAUCCUGGCGCCCUGGAUGCCUUUCUAAUGAAACAAGCCUCUUUUCCAACUGCUCCUUCUAAUGUAGUGCCCCCUUACUCUCAUUCACAGGAUGUGGGUCUAGUAGUGCAAGCCUGUUCCACGAAUGUGUCCCAGCUUCAUCCAAGUCAGUUUAGCGGCAAUCCAAUCAGUUCAAGUCAGCCAUGUUCUCUUUUACCGCCGACUUUUCAAGAUCCUGCUCUUCAGUCCUUCUUAGCGUCCCCUCAACCAAACCCAGAACUGUCUCCUGCCUCUGCUUUUGCCUUAAAUACAAGUUACAGUCCACACGUCUCACCAGCGUCUCUGCUGUCCCUGCUCACCGUCCCGAGUCCCCUUAGUGUGUCUCAGGCUAGCUCCAGCAGCUUUGACGGGCCUCUCUCUCAACCACUACCCUCUCUGCCCCCACUGGAGGAUCCCCCAAGGGAUCUCUCCCUCUCUGAGCUCCUGGAGAUCAAUGAUUGGAUACUACAGUAAGUGGGACUAGUAACCAGUGGCACGUAGGCAAGUAAGAGCAGUUUCCAUGUGCCAAAAUCGACAUUUAAUUGAUAUCUUUCUGUAACAGUUUAAUCAAACUGGAUUAUAUAAACCAGCUUGGACAAUGGCCAUUCAACUGAGGUACCAAAUCACAGCACAGAGACAUCUGAUGAUUGAAAUCUCAGUCUUCUUCUGAAAGAACUACAGCCCAGCUUAUUAGAAGGGAAAAUAUGCAGGCCGAGUACAAUAGUAAAAUGCAAGACUUUAUGAGUAAACCCAGACAUCUGGCAUCUGAAUGGAAACAUUGACAUCAGAGAGUGAACCAAAGCAGCAAGCAAAUGUCUGGCCUGUUGCUCACAUUCAGCUUUCCUAACGGAGGUUUCAGAGACUGGAGUCCGGUUUUUCUUUACUCCUAUAGCUGCUUGAAUCUCUAACUUUGCUGCAUAACAGCUCAAAACGCUGUGCACUAAAUUAGCCACAUGUGGGUCCAUGGUUUCUAAGCCCUUGUAGGUGAAAUAUAAAUUAACAAUUAAAUAAAAGUGUACAGUUAUUUUUAUUUUUGAAUAAAUCACAGUUAGGCAUUAUCUUUUCCUAAAUCCACAGACGAGACACUGAAAAACUCAACAUUCGAAGUGGUAAUUUUAGAUAGGGUGGAGUUCUCACUUCCUUGUAACUUCAGGGAAAUUUCAUUAGGAGAAAUUUCCAUCUGUGCCUGCAGCUGCAGUGUGAACAUAUGAAUUGCCAAAGUUAACCGCACAGCCCUGGCCUAGCUGCAUAUUACAUCAUAUUACAUUACAGGCAUUUUGAUUUAACUCGAUGAAACUUUAUUCUUUAUGGUUUCUUUUCUUUUUACCUUGUUUAAAGCACAUUAUCAAACACACAUAUUUUGCUGCUACUGAUUUAUUUACUGAUAUGAAAUUUAUUUAUGUAUUGCAAUAUUUGAAUCCAAGAAAAAAAGUCAAUCAAUUUGCUGAGAUUUCUUUUUGAUUUUUAAAAGCUACAAUUUAUUUUUAUACAUUUCUUAUGAUUGAAGAUUUAUCUAUUUUCUUUUUAAUAAUUUCUUCUGUUUUCUUCAUUCGUUAAUUAAUUAAUUUCUGCCUUUUACCAGACUUUGCUUGCAGGGGUGGAUUAUUAACCAGACAAAGUGCCCAGGGCCCCAACCCUUAGGGGCCCCAGUGUCCCCAUAUUAAAUGUGUGAUGGAUUGAGGUAAUUGAAAUGAUUGCAACUAAUAAAUAGUGGGGGUAUCUGUAAUAUUUAUCUGUCUUGGGCCAUCUAGUGGUAAAAUCCUGCCAUGAGCAAUUUAUUUGUGAGCUCAAGACCCUCCAGACAAAUGUAUGCAUGACAUCACAUAUUUUUGAAUUGGCUUGUAAUAAUGUAAAAACUUGAGUUUCACCAGUGUGUUUUACAAACUAAGCUAUUUGAACACUGACGACGGGGAGAAGCAGUGAACAGCAGGAUGAGCUUUUUGAAGGAUGAUGAUGGUGACAGGGUCAUCGAGUCAGAAACAGAUCAAGUGGCCCAUUGACACCCCUCACCGCUGUGGCUCUAGACAAUGGUUGUAUAAUUAAAAAUUCACUUUUUUGUGCUUAUUUCACGUGAAUCAAAUGAGAGAAAUAACGUGAUUUUCCCAUUUGACUUCCUUGUCAUGCAUCUGACAACACGAGAACCAUGUGGCUGCUCAAACCUGUUCUAUGGGAGCUACUGCAGUAAAGGAAAUUAAUAGUGACGAUUUUGGUUUUUCAAAGGAUGAUUUACAUAGAUUAUUCUGCUUUACAAACAAUAUAUCUGUAGAUAUGGCCUAGUUGUGGCUUUUGUAUUUUGUAUUUAUCAUAAAUUAGAUUAAUAUA